UCUGUUGCUGGAGGACAGAGUCGGCGGUGGCAGCGUUGGAUCGGCUCGUUGUUGCGGUCGGACCGGGUAUCCAUUCCCUCGGUGCGCUCUGCUCCUGUGCGCUCCUGGACGCGGAGGAAUUUGGGGAGCACCAUGAUGGGGUCAUCAUCAUCAUCAUCAUCUUCAGCAGCAUCAGCAGCACACUUUACUUUCUUCACGGCAGCGCCGGAUCACGAGGAGAGCGCGCUAAAAUAAAACUCUGUGGCUUAUUUCCCCCUCCUCGUCAAUUUUCUAUUCCGGGAAACUUUUAUUUUUCCCCCAUCAAUUAUUUAUCACAAAGCGUGCGGAAUGGAGAUCCCAACUUUCCUGGCGAGUCUUGCUGUGCUCUUCGUUGGAGGGGAUAUUUUCACCUGGGCCAUGCUGAGUGACAUUGGGGACUAUGUAGGUUCAGACAUUGAAAUAUCCUGGUUACCUAAUCUGGAUGAGUUAAUGAAGGGCUAUGCCAGAAAUUUUCGCCCUGGGAUAGGAGGUCCACCAGUGAACGUGGCCAUGGCCAUUGAAGUGGCCAGCAUUGACCACAUCUCAGAAGCCAAUAUGGAUUACACCAUGACUGUGUACCUACGGCAGAGCUGGCGUGAUGACCGCCUCUCCUACAAUCACACCAACAAGACACUGGGGUUGGACAGUCGAUUCGUGGACAAGCUGUGGCUGCCCGACACCUUCAUCGUCAACGCCAAAUCUGCUUGGUUCCACGAUGUCACCGUGGAGAACAAGCUGAUCCGCCUGCAGCCCAACGGAGUCAUUCUAUACAGCAGCCGAAUCACUUCGACGGUGGCAUGUGAUAUGGACCUGACCAAGUAUCCCAUGGAUGAACAGGAGUGUAUGCUGGACCUGGAAAGCUAUGGCUACUCCUCAGAGGACAUUGUGUACCACUGGUCGGAUAGUCAGAAACACAUCCACGGCCUGGACAAACUGGAGCUCUCCCAGUUCACCAUCACAGACUAUCGGUUUGUCACUGAGAUGAUGAACUUCAAAUCUGCGGGAAGAUUUCCAAGGCUCAGCCUUCGCUUCGAGCUGAGGCGUAAUCGAGGCGUCUACAUCAUCCAGUCAUACAUGCCGUCGAUAUUACUGGUCGCCAUGUCCUGGGUGUCCUUUUGGAUCAGCCAAACAGCAGUCCCUGCUCGUGUUUCCUUGGGGAUCACGACUGUGCUCACCAUGACUACGCUGAUGGUAAGCGCCCGCUCCUCCCUGCCUCGAGCGUCAGCCAUCAAGGCGUUAGACGUCUACUUCUGGAUCUGUUACGUGUUUGUGUUCGCGGCACUCAUUGAGUACGCCUUCGCUCACUACAACGCUGACUACCGACUGAAAGAGAAGGCCAAGGUGAAGGCCAACAAGCUCAGUUCCGAGUCAAUUGUGAAAAAUGGCAAACAGGCUAUGGUUCUGUUUUCCCUGUCGGUCACCGGCAUGAACCAGGGCGUAAUGAUAUCCAACCGCCACGGACGGCCCCAGCGCUCCAGCAGCGAAAUCCCCGGGGAAGGCGGCAGCGAGGAGUCCGAGCCGAGGAGGAGAAGGUCUCGGCAGACGGAGGACAGCACAGAUGACAAGAAGUGCUGUUCCAAGUGCGUCUGCAAGCCCAUCGAUGCCGACACCAUCGACAUCUACGCCAGGGCCGUGUUCCCUUUCACUUUCGCUGUGGUGAACGUGAUCUACUGGGUGGCGUACACCAUGUGAAGAGGAGGCAGCAGGUCUGUGCCAAUGGCUGCCAUCAAGGGCUGUAUAUAAGAAACUGCUGGAGUUGUGCCACUUCAAUGCUGGCAGACGGGUGCAGCUGAAAUAUACUGCAGGCCUCAGUAAAAAAAAAUAGAAACUUCAGACAAAAUGAAGUGUUACGGCCUGAAUAUGGUAUUAUGGUAAUUAAUGGACGUAGUUAUGAGUUUAAAAAGUGUUAACAGGAUUUCCUAUAUUUAAAUACAAAUACAGAAAUGUGCUGUUUGAAGACAAAGGACUUUGUUGCCUGUUGGAUUUUCACACCGUGAAUACAGUUUAGACAAUUUACACAUGUCAUCCUGUUAUAUGAACUCAACACAGGACUCCACAACUACACAUCUACCUGCAGUACUGACCACAAGCUCACAUCUCGCAAGCACAAAUAGCUUAACUAACUCAAAGCAACAAUCUGGAGUGAACCGCCUGUUAUCUCGAAAAACAAACGCGCCGCCCAAACUAGAGGAUAACAAGAUGAGGUGUACUAUUAUACUGCAUGGCUGAUAACUCACUCACCCUCUUCCCGCGCCAUCGCCACCCCCUCUCUUCCAUCCUUGAGUCCUCCACCCAUUUUGUUUUCAAUUCAUUUUUCGUUCAGGACACCGUCUGGAGUGUCUUAUCUCCUCCUGCCAGUUCUUCCUGUUUCCUCACCAUUAAAGGACUUCCUCCACUACA